AGCUGAGGAGCACUGUCAAACUAUGAGCUAUUGCUGAGAUGGGCUUUUCUGGAGCUGAGCUUAGUAGCAGCUGUAAAGAGCAACUUCUCCAUUGAAAGGCACAGGGUUUUCAGGACCUGGCUCCCUGCAGUGAUUCCUUUCAUUGAAAGGCCAUUCUGUUGAAUUUUGUUGAUUGGGUAUUUCCUCUUCACAAGAGAAUCGUCUUGCCAUGACAUUCAGUGCUUUGUUGGGCUUUUUUCCAGAAGAGACUACUUACUAUACCAGCUGAAUCACUUGCUGUGAUAAUGAAUGCUUGUUACAAAAAGCAUGUUGACAAAUGAACAUGCUGUUUCAUUUUGGAGAGAACCAACAGAAGGCAGUUUGCUAUUUAGGCUGGUAUUUAGCAUAUUUAUAUAUCAAACCUAAGUGUACGUGUAUAAAUAAUCAUGUGCUGUGCCAAUACAUGGCCUGGUAUUUCAAAAAUAGCUGAAUGAGAUAGGUGCCUGUAUUUCUAAGCUGUUUUUCAACAAAUUCACUUGAGUAUCCAUGUCCAAGUACAGAAUUUUAAGUAUCUGCUUCAUGGGUGAGACUUAGUGGAAUGGUCCCUUAACUUCAUCUGGCAAUCACUGGUGUGACCUAUUUAAAGUUUGCUGAGACAACUUAGUUCCACUAUGGGUAAUUGAAAGGUGUUAUUUGCACUUGCUAAUUUGGCUGUUUUAAUGAGAACUGACCUCCUUAUGGUUUGAGAUGCAUCUUUAUUCUAGGAUUCUGUAAUCAUCACACUUCCUAGUAUAGUAACAUGAAGUAUGAUUGUGUUAACUUCUCAUGGCAAUAUUAAAGGAAUUUUUUCUUGCUAUGGGAUGGCUGCAGAACAGUUCUCUCAAGAACAGAUUCAAAUAGUAGUACGAUACUACAUAUUAGCUUCUGUAUUAGCAAAUAUUUCUACGUGUACUUUAAGAAUCCUGAUCGCAGUGGAGUGAAGUGAAUAGUUUUGGUGGAAACCUCAUCUAGGCUUUACAUUCCACAAAAAUAUCAGACAAAAGGAUGAGUAUUUCUGGAAUAAUCCACCAUUAAAAAUAUUCAGAGAGUAAAUAAUUGCAUAGAUUACUUUUAACCUAAUCUUUGAAUGAAGAAAGUGCUUUGGAAAAUUUUGUCAGUGAUCUGUUUAACAAAGAUUUUUUUCUGUAAGACAAAUAGUCAAAAUAUUGAUAAAUGAUAAUGCAGUGGAGAUCAUGUUAUGAUUAAUUCCCUUGAAAUUUGAAAGUGUGUUACAAUGAGGAAACUAAUGUUACAAAGUUACUGAUGUUAAGGGAAAACUAUAUACUAACUAAUUUCAUGCAAGUUACUCAGCUACUUAUUUAAAAAUCCGAAAAGCUCAUUCAACAUUUCUUGUAACCUCUAGAGAAGGAUCAACAUUGCUUGUUCAACCUCUUCUGAAGAGCUGAAGCCUGCAGACGAUGCCAAGGAGCAGAAAUUCGAUGCUGGCACUGUGCAGUCAGUCUCUGGGAGCUUCUCGGUGUCCUCUCUGGAGGGCUGGAGCAGCGCAGCUCCAUUGGGGCGCCGCAGUGCCUGUGGCAUCCUUGCUCCCGCUUGGUGUCCCUGGCCUGGCUGGGACAGGCAUCCCCAGGGCCAGCUUCGACCAGGGGAGGACAUUGGUGCCAGCAGGGCACAGAGACACGCUCCCCGUGCCAGGCCGUGCCCUGGCUGCGCUGCAGGCCCUGCAAGCACCACUGCAGCUCCGGCAGCAGCGCAGCCACGCUGUGCAGCCACGUGUGUCACCUCUCGCUGUCACACACCUUCUGCAGCGGGGAGAGCCAGCAGGGCCAUGCCUGAGGGGCUCUGAGCACCCCAGGGUGCCUCCUUUGGCCACAGGCCCCAGCCUGGCACUGCUGAAACGCCGGCGUGCAGCAUCGGUGAGGGCGCGGCAGAGGCGCGGCGAGUGGUGAUGCUGCAGCUCGCCGAGGGUUUGUGUGUGCCUGCACUCCCCAGAUCUCCUCACACGCUCCCAGCCCAUGAGCCUGCUCCUGAGAUGGAGACUGUGGAGGAAAAGAGCAAUCUCCUUGGUUUACAGGCAGACAACAACAUGGAGCAACCAUUCACUAUCAGCUCAUUGAAAAAGCUGGUAGCGAUUCCUGACCACACAGACAUCUCUGUGACCCCAGAGGAGAGAGUUCGUGCCUUAAGCAAGCUUGGCAGCAAUAUCACCAUCAAUGAGGACAUCACUCCGCGGCGCUACUUCCGAUCCGGCGUGGAGAUGGAGCGCAUGGCGUCGGUGUACAUGCAGGAGGGGAACCUGGAGAACGCCUUUGUGUUUUAUAACAAGUUCAUAACGUUGUUUGUAGAAAAGCUGCCCAGUCACCGAGACUAUCACCAAUGUGCAGUACCAGAGAAACAAGAUAUCAUUAAGAAAUUGAAGGAGGUUGCAUUUCCACGGACAGACGAACUGAAAAGAGAUCUUUUAAAAAAAUAUAACUUAGAAUAUCAAGAAUACAUGCAACACAAAAACAAAUGUAAAACUGAAUUUCUGAAGAAACUGGAGCACCAAAAGCUCAUAGAGGCAGAGAAGAAACGAAUUGCACAUAUGCGGCAGCAGCAGCUCGAAUCGGAGCAGUUUCAGUUCUUUGAGGAUCAGCUUAAGAAGCAAGAACUAGCUCGAGAUCAGAAGAUCAAAGAGAGUGUGGUUAUGUCUGAACAGAUAGAUGGAAGUAUGCUGUCUUGUGUUUCUGUACCAGAGAACAGCUCCUUAUCUGCGGCACUGCUGGAGAAAAAAGAGAGGCGCGGCACCUCUGGCUGUGCUGGGCACUCGCCACCAGUGGAACGGGUCUUGAAGCCAGCAGCUACUCUAAGUGCUGUUCAAACUCAAUUGGCCGAAGCACUCAGAGGUGUCAUUUUGCCCAGGGAUCUCUGUCACAAAUUUCUGCUGCUGGCAGAGGCAAAUACAGUAAGAGGAAUAGAGACAUGUGGAAUUCUCUGUGGAAAACUGACUCAUAAUGAAUUUACUAUUACACAUGUAAUAGUGCCAAAGCAAACUGCAGGACCAGACUACUGUGACAUGGAGAACGUGGAAGAAUUAUUUGGUAUUCAGGAUCAGUAUGAUCUCCUCACUUUGGGUUGGAUCCAUACACAUCCAACACAAACUGCAUUCUUAUCCAGUGUUGAUCUUCAUACUCAUUGCUCUUAUCAGCUAAUGUUGCCAGAGGCCAUUGCAAUUGUUUGUUCACCAAAGCAUAAUGACACUGGCAUCUUCAGACUGACUAAUGCUGGCAUGCUAGAAGUUUCUGCUUGUAAAAAGAAGGGAUUUCAUCCACAUACAAAGGACCCUAGGUUAUUUAAUCCAUGUACCCAUGUGGUUGGGAAAGACAUAAAGAUAAUCGUGCUGGAUCUGAGGUGAUACGGAUGAACCACAUCAAUGUACUCUACAAAAGGCCAAAAGAAAAAAAAUGGAUUCCUGUUUUUUCCUACAUUUUCAGAAAUUACUUUUAUAUUUAUACAUUUUAGAUUGAAUUGUUUGAUAUUUAUUGCUUUAGCCUGUUUUGGAGUUAUUUUGUUGCUCUGUCAAGAUGGAGUUCAGUGGCAUUAACCCUAAAUCUGUAAACAAAUCUCACCCAUAGAACACAACAAUAAAAUGAACUUCAAACUGCAGUAA